AAAUGACUCGCCUGGCACAGGAGCAGGAGUUAGGAGCCACGUCCCAGUGAGUCCUCCAGAAUUAAGAGCAAAUGCCUGGAGAGGUCCAGUUGCACAGAGCAGCACCGCAGCUCUUGUGAACCACAGGCAUCGACGCCUCUCAGACUUGCUCCUCUGGCCCUGAGCACUCUGCCAGCAUUUCCUACCCCACGAAUGGCUACUCAGAGGAAGCACUUGGUGAAAGAUUUCAAUCCUCAUAUCACCUGCUAUAUCUGUAAAGGCUAUCUCAUCAAGCCAACUACAGUAACUGAGUGCCUCCAUACCUUUUGUAAGACUUGUAUUGUUCAACACUUUGAAGACAGCAAUGACUGUCCCAGGUGUGGCAACCAAGUGCAUGAGACCAAUCCACUAGAAAUGUUAAGGCUGGAUAAUACCUUAGAGGAAAUUAUAUUUAAGCUGGUGCCUGGACUUCGAGAACAGGAACUGCAGCGAGAGAUCGAAUUUUGGAAGAAAAACAAACCUCAAGAAAAUGGACAAGAUGAAAGCCCAAAAGCUGAUAAACCCAAAGUAGAUGAGGAGUGUGAUGAAAAUGAAGAAGAUAAAGACUAUCACAGGAGUGACCCGCAGAUUGCUAUCUGCCUCGACUGUUUACGCAACAAUGGGCAGUCAGGAGAUAAUGUAGUGAAAGGUUUAAUGAAGAAAUUUAUCCGCUGUUCUACUCGAGUGACCGUGGGAACUAUCAAAAAGUUUCUCAGCUUAAAAUUAAAACUUCCAAGUUCUUAUGAGCUGGAUGUACUAUGCAAUGGAGAAAUCAUGGGGAAGGAUCAUACUAUGGAAUUCAUCUAUAUGACGAGAUGGAGACUAAGAGGCGAAAACUUUCGGUGUCAGAACUGCUCAUCUUCGCAAGUCUGCUCACAGGAUGGCACUUUUUAUCAGUCUUACCCUAUGGUACUUCAGUAUCGACCUAGAAUUGACUUCGGUUAGACCAAAGGGCCAGAUCCCACUGAGAUGAAUCCUGCACUAUUUGUUUACCCAUCGACAGAUUGCACAAUGAAUGGAUGUGCCUGGAUUAGGGGGACACAACCAGAUUUUCAGCAUGCAAAUAAGGACAUUGUCUUUCUUAAAAUUGUCAGUUGCAUCUCUGUUGUUUCUAUUAGAGCAAGCCAAGUGCCAUUCUGCUACUGAAAUGUGCAUAAGAUAUUUGUGUAUCUUACGAGUGUGCUGCAAAUCAUAGCCAAAAUCAUGAAGUGUACAGUCAAGAUUCAAAAACUAUGGAAUAUUUUUGCUUGCGUGGUAGAAAAUUUUUCUGGUCCUAAUAUUGAUCACACUAGCAAAAUGGCAGAGUGCUCAUUCCGUGUGGUGUUGCAGUUUCACACACUUACUAUUUUACUGAAUAUUGUUGUUUAAAUCAUAGAGUACUGUACAAAUAACUGAGGAUUAUACCUUGAAAAUAUUUUGUAUAGAAAAUAUAUUUAGAAAAGUGGUGAUUGGGCCACUACCUUUUUCUUGAUAAGCUUCUCAUGGGUCCAGGUAUAGCUCACUCAUGAGUGCGCAACAGUCCUUUUGCAGUAAGUGAAGAUUAAUUACCUUUAACAAGCGAUGUAGAACAUGGUAAUUCAAAACAUUUUAAAUUUUAAAUCUUCUAAAUAAAUUUGGCUAAUAUUGCUUAAAAGCAUCGCAGCCUUUGUGAUUGCACUUUUCUAUGGUUUCCCUAAAGAUUGGAAUUUGGGAUACUAGCUAUUUUUGGAAAAUGGCUUCUGGUCAGAUUACAUUUCUUGUAAUAAAGCCUCCAUGGAAAGGAAGUUAAAA